GGCCCAUGUUCCAUCGGCGCCUGUUGUCGUCCUCAUCGCAGCUCGCCACAGUGGCGAAGAGCUUUAGCGACGUCCCGCGCUUCGAUCCUGUGGCCCAGCGGACGCUGAAGCUGCUGGAGAGGAAGAAGGUCACGACGUUGGAUGUAGGCAUUCUCAAAGCCAAGAACAAACCCAUCACGAUGGUCACGGCCUACGACUACCCUUCGGCCGUGCACGUCGACUUGGCUGGCUUUGACAUUCUCUUGGUCGGGGAUUCUGUCGGCAUGGUCGAGUUAGGCAUGGACACAACCAUUCCGGUGACUCUAGAUGACAUCAUUUACCACUCCAAAGCUGUGUGCAGAGGUGCGUCUCGUCCGCUGAUUGUGGGCGACAUGCCGUUCGGAACGUGUGAAGGCGACCCGUACGAAGCAUUGAAGAACGCUCAGAGACUGAUGAAGGAAGGCGGAGUGGACUGCGUCAAGAUUGAAGGCGGCGUCGAACGGGCAAAUACCAUUCGAAUGCUGGUGCAAGGUGGCAUUGCCGUGAUGGGCCACGUGGGGCUGCGACCCCAAGCCAUCAGUGUCUUGGGCGGGUUUCGGGCGCAAGGACGAACAGCCAAACAAGCAGACCAGAUCAUUCAAGACGCGCUUGCUGUGCAGAAAGCUGGGGCGUUUGCAGUCGUCUUGGAAUGUGUUCCUUCGGUUGUAGCCAAAGCCGUGACAGAUAUUUUGACCGUGCCAACCAUCGGCAUUGGGGCUGGACCUCACACCAGUGGCCAAGUGUUGGUAUUCCACGACUUUUUGGGCAUGCUGCAACAUCCUCAUCACGCACAGCACGUGCCAAAGUUUUGUAAAAAAUACGCCGACGUGGGCGAACGCAUUCGACAAGGCCUCGAAGACUUUCGAGAAGAUGUCGAGAACCAACGGUUCCCGUCCGAAGAAUAUGCUCCGUACAAGAUGUCGCAAGAUGAACAGCGCAAACUCCAAGGUCUGGUCGCUACAAAGUACGCUAAAUCAACAGACGACGACGACGACGACCUAGGAGGCGGCGGCGACGGGGGGUUUGGCGUGUCCAAAGUGUACUAGCUUACGCCGACUUCUUCUUCUCCAGUCGUUCAGAGUGCCGGGUCUAACGUUACCAGAUAUGAUGAUGGCCCAUAUAUAUAACACCAAGUAGUAAAACCCAUGCGACGACGAAACACA